AGUGGUCCGCACGUUGAAGCUAAAUCGACGGUUUCUUUGCAAUAAACGGUCAUACUGACGUUUUAGGUAAACAUAUAGCUGUUGUGAUAUUCCAACGAUGGUUAUGGCGGACAGAACAGUAGAAGAAAACCGUUUGGGUCGGAGAAAUUUGAACUCAAGAUCUUCAAGUCCAAAUGGACAUUUAUCCCCGGGACAUUUGUCUGAAGGCGAAAGCAGCGCCACGGAUGAUUCUGAACACGAUAAUGGAAUGCGAAUUGGUGCUGAAUAUCAAGCAGAAAUCCCAGUUCACAACACAGAUGUGAUUAAAAUGGAGAACCGGGCAGAAGCAAUGCUGGUUUGGGCCCCAAGUCCAGAAGUCCCUGAGGGUAAACUCCUUGAAUACAUAUCCAUGGCGAAGACUAAACAUGGCUACAACACCGAGCAGGCCUUAGGUAUGUUAUUCUGGCAUAAACACAACAUUGAGAAAGCUCUCACUGAUCUUGCAAACUUCACCCCUUUCCCCGAUGAGUGGACAGUAGAAGACAAAGUGUUGUUUGAACAGGCUUUCAGUUUCCAUGGCAAGAGUUUCCAUAGGAUCAGACAAAUGCUUCCUGAUAAAUCAAUCGCAAGUCUAGUUAAGUAUUACUAUUCCUGGAAAAAGACGCGAUCAAGGACUAGCCUCAUGGACCGCCAGGCACGUAAAUUUGCAAACAAAUUCGAAGAGGACAGUGAAGGCAGAUCUGAGGGUAGUGGAAAUGAUGAUAGUGACUUUGAUAAUGGCAACAAGGAAAAUGGGAAAGUGGAAGGUGAAGGGACAUGCUCUAACUGCAAUACAAGUGUAGCUCAAGUUGUCUCAACUCCCAAAGGAUCUCUGUGCAAUAUAUGUUACCAAUACUGGAGGAGAACGGGUGUAAUGAGGUCAAAUAUAGGGCCAAAACGCCAUGACAAACACAGUGCCAAACACCGCAGGAAACCCCCCAGGGGCAUGUACAUGAACAUGGAGGAUCUCAAGCAGCUCUCAUCCGGUCCCCCAGGCCAGGGGGAGUCGAUCCUGAAGAGUCUCGAACAGGAACUGGUUUCAUUAAAACGCCAAGUCCAGAACAAUAAACAAAUGCUUAGUCUUAUCAAACACAAGUCAGUUGGGGGUAUAGCCGAUCAACAGCCACCUGAGAUGAACUCAAGGAUCAAUGCAAGGUGGUCAAACGAGGAGCUUCUAUUGGCCGUACAAGGGGUUAGGAAGUAUGGCAAAGACUUCAAGGCCAUUGCUGAGGUAAUCGGCAACAAGAGUGAGACCCAUGUGCGUAGUUUCUUCAUUAACUAUAGGAGGCGUUAUAACCUGGAUGAGGUGGUGGCAGAGUAUGAAGCAGAACACCCAGAAGACAAACAGGAAGACACAGAUGAUAAAAUGGAAACAGAUGACACCCCAGAGUCAAGCAAUAGUUCGCAAUCAGCCACUGCUACUAGUGUCCCUAAUGGAGUUCCAUCUAGCGUUGUUACCAAUGGAGUCACCAGCUCGAGUGCUACGCCACCUGUACUUCAGAAGUUAACACAAUCCCCUACAAGACCUGCCCAGUCCACCCCAGCAGUUGCAAGACCCAUUCAAACUGCACAACCUGUUUCAUCUCAUGCUAGGUUGUUGCCACAAACGACACCACGUUCCCCACUUCAGCAACCACCACCCCUACGCCCUACCCCAGCAGCCCUACCUACAGCACAUGCACAGUAACAGCUUGAACUGAGUAAAGUAACAGCUAUGAUUAUGAACAGUAAGAGCUGGAACUAUGAAGACCAGCAUCUGUGAUUAUGAACAAUAGUAGCUGUGAUUAUGACAAGUUACUCUAA